AGUAAAUAUCUUCAAGAGGUAAAGAUUAUUUUCGGAUGUUAAUGCAACACGAUCACAUGUAGAAAAUAAAGGUUGUAGUGAGAGGUGCCGUAGUUUAGUUUUUGUGAUAAGUGUAAUAAUUGAAUACAAUUUUCUUAAUUGGAACUAUGUGGAUACAACAGGUAUUUUUUACUUCCUUCGUGUCUUUUCUAAUUCUCCAAGACAUCACAGCGGUAGUAAAUAAUGGUGGAAAAGUAGAAGAAUCAUCUCUCGCAAAUGUGACCAAUCAAAAUGAUAGUGCAAAUGGUGAUAGUUCGAACCUUGUGGACAGUUCACGUAUAUCGGAUUCUAUAGCCGAAAGCAGUGAUCAGAACCGAAGGGAAGCACCUCACGUCCCAAACGAUUCAUACGGUGCCCCAAUCCUAAGCAGUUCCUACGGAAUUCCCUUACACUCUUAUUCCCAACCACCCCCUAGCAAUUUAGCUUUACCCGUUCCGGUAUACGGUGCUCCAAAUGUCAUAUCAAAUGUCGUUUACCCAGCACCGCCCCCUGAUAUUCCACCACCAGCGAUUUCUUCUUAUUCGUACGGUGUAUCUCAGCCUGCACCACUGAAAUUUUUUCCACCGAUAAAAUUAAAUUCAAACUUUUUGCGAACACACAAACCACCACCUAAACCUAUUUAUGGCCCUCCGCACUAUACAUUUCCAAUAAAACCUCAGUAUGGGCCCCCUAUUAAACAUUCCUUCAACUUUAAUAAAUUUAAACAUUCAAUCAAACCUCCUAGGCCAAUAUACGGCCCACCAAAAUCUGUGUACAUACCGAAUAAGUACAUGUUCAUGUAUGGAAUUCCACAAGUGUAUGGGCCACCGAAACCGCCAAUCGGACCACCCAAAACGUUGUAUGGACCACCGCCAAGCAUUAAAUAUGGUCCUUUACCAGAUCCGGUACCCCACGCGCCACCACCAGGUGUACCAGCUCCACCUACCCCACCAGACAUAAAGUACGACGGAUGGCAACCAAUUCCCGGAUUAGUGUCACGCCCACCUUCAGGAUCAUACGGAUCUCCUGAUGUGCAACAGGUAGAUGGACAGCAGUACAAUGUUGACCUCAUUCCGCCACCAUCUCAGUUAUACUCAAAUCCAACCGGUGUCAAAGAUUCGUACAGCGCGCCCUUAAACACUGUCACAGGUUCAGGUGGAAUCAUAAGUUCUUCCGGUGAAGAUCAUGGAGGUGGAAGAACAGCAGAUCCUAGUGAAAAAGAUGUGUCAGUAAUUAAAAGUAUCGGAUAUGAGAUCUUUGCGACUCCUGGAGUUGGAGGCCUUUCAAGUUACAGCACAUCACCAUUAACAUACACGAGCGAUUCUUACAGCGGCAUUGAAAACUUUUCAAAUUCGAUAUCUUCCGCAUUUGAAACUACUUUAGGCGGGAUAAAUAGUAUUGGCUUAAUACCUCCGUCGGGUGUGUAUGGAACACCCCCUAGUGGAUCAUACGGAACUCCACUCAUUCAAUCUCCUAAUAAUCAUAUCGCAUUUCAAGAUCACACGUCAACAAUUGAUUCUUCAAGCAUUUCGAUUGUUCAAAAUGAUGCGCACGCGAAUAUCGAAAACGGCUACCAACCACCUCCAAGUGAAGUGGAACCUGGUAAACCCUCAACACUGUACACGCUUCCAUCUAAAAACCCAUCGUCAUUCCAGAACUACUUUCAAGGUUCUUCUAAUGAUGGUUUUAACGUAGACGUUAACUCGGCGUUUAACUAUAACAACCUAGGCCCCGUACCUCUCACUAGCUACACAGCUCCUUUGGGUAUAGUGGAUGGUUCCUAUGGCCUUCCCCAUACACACAUUCAAACACCUUUUGCUUCAAACCAUGAAUUGGACAGUUUUGCUGCUACGCAGAAUCAUGCAGUAUCUGUCGUUGCACCGUAUAUACCAUACCAAAGCACUGGACACGACUGCUCCCAGAAAUCAGCGCCUUUGCCACCAUUAUCCUUUGGAGUGCCUGCAGCUAACUCAUACAGCGCAUCCCUUGCAUCGCUUAAUACCAACAUAGCGGGAGCGCAUCAAGGGUCUAUUUCUGGAAUCGGCUAUGGCGUCCCUGACUUGCAAACAGCUUAUUCGCAAAAAACUAACACCGUCAGUAACAGCAGCGAAGCUCAAAUACAACAAGAAGGGCGCUCUCAAUCAGAUGGGCGGAGUAAUGAAAUACUACCAAGUAUACCAGAAGGAAGUGAAUUGAUAAAGAGCCAAAGCGUCGAUUUGAAUAAUAUUCCACUAAGGGGAGCGUUGGGAAGCUACACCUUACAAAUUCAAUCAGCAGAUGGCGGAGAAUCACGAAUUCCCCAUAAUCAAGUGCUAAAUGAUGGUUUAUUGCAGUCCAUACUAAACGCAAUUGAACAACCCCAGGAAAAUGCCGCUAACAUACUUUCUCAACCACUGCUUCACCUUCAGCAAAUACCUCCCAAGGUGCCACAGGACUUUACCUUUCAAUCGAACGCAGCUCAGAAUGCGAUUACGAAAAAUAUCAUCGUAACUCCUCCGCCUUUGCAAAGAAAUAGAUUGGAAGGGUUUAUGCAACUGCAAAGUGGAAACCCAGCAAUUGACAGUAACGAAGUGGCGGUGUAUUUUAAUAACAAGCAGUAUGCAAAUUCCGAUGCAAAUAACAGUCGUAAAGUUCCACAAGUAGUGGAGGACAACACUCUGGCGUAUAUGAGCAGAGGAAAUUCUAGUUACACUUACGAAGAUGUAAAUCCAAGAUCGUCAGAGAUACGGGCGUAGUGCUUAAAGUGAAUAUAAACACUUCCUAUCGUUUGUGCCGUACACGGAUUGAAAGACUGUUGUGUUGUGAGUGAAACACAAAUUUAAUAGGACCUUAACCUCGGUUUAGUUUUAAAGUGUUAGAAUAAGUAAUUUAUCUUUGUUAAGAUUCUGAAUAUCUUUUGAUUAUACUUAUGAAACAAA